AUGCCUCCGCGCCGCCGCCCGCCUCCGGCUACCACGGCGUUCGAGGCGCGGCGAGCGGCCGGUUCGACGCGGAGAUCCGCUCCGGCGACGAGCGGAUCCGCCUCAAGUACAUAUGACACGGCGCACGAGGCGGCGCGGGCGUACGACGCCGUCGCUUGGCGUCUCGACCGCUCCCGGCGGUCGAUGAAUUUCCACGAUGUCUACACGCGCGAGCAAGCGGAGAUGCUCGCGCCGCCGCCGCCCGUCAUCACGCGCGAGCAGCAGCGCCGGCAACGGGAGUUGGAGCAGCGCCUCCUCAUCGCGGAGCGCGACGAGGCGCUGCGCCUCGAGUGGGCGCGCCGCUUCCCCGAAGACGUCGCCGCCACGGAGGGCUUCUACGCGCAGAAGGAGGAGGAGAAGGCGGCGGAGAAGGCGAAGAAGAAAGCUUCGCGCGAGAAGCGCCGCGCCGACUAG